CCACCCCACAAGUGAGAGACACGCUUUGCUCGCAGCAGCUCCAGAGCUCAGAGAGGGAGAGAGAAGAGCGGAGGCCAGACAGGACCAGCGCUCUUCUUGCCACUGCGGCUACCUGCCAGACACCAUGCCAGUGCCAGAUCCUAGAGGGGAUGUCGGACGAUGGAACAAUGCCAGUGCUCGCGUGCGGCAGCCCAGCCAGCCGGAGCCGCCCCCCAGGAGGAAAAAAAAGAAUUGGUUCGCCAACUGCUGCAGGUGCUGCUCGGGCCAGAGGGACGAUGCCGACUGGGGGCCUGCCCCAGGGGAGGUGCCCGGGGCCCGGCGGACGGAUCCCGUCAUCCGCGAUGGCAUGCUGGUCAUCAGUGGGAUAGACCUGAUGAGCGGCCGGUCAGGAAGCAACCGCCGUGCCCACCACACAAACGAGUUCGAAUACGACCACCUCAUCAUCCGCCGCGGGCAGCCCUUCGACAUGAAGCUCCAGUUCCGGCAGCCGUACGACCCUGAUGAGCACCGCAUCUGCCUGGAGUUCCUCAAUGGCCCCACGCCACAAGUCUCGAAGGGGACCCACAUCCUGGUGCCUGUGGGCAGUUCUCUGCCUGGCCUGGGCUGGUCAGCAGAGAUUAAGGACUCUGACUCCAACACCAUGGAUCUCCGGGUCUGCACUUCGCCCACCGCCAUUAUCGGCAAGUACCAGUUCAGCGUCAAGACACGGAGCAAGGCGGGCGAGUACCCGAUGCCCUUCGAUCCCCGCUACGAGAUUUACAUCCUCUUCAACCCCUGGUGCCCCGAGGAUCCCGUCUACCUGCCGCAGACCGGUUCGCUAGAUGAAUACGUGCUGAAUGAAUCGGGGCGGAUCUAUUACGGGACUGAGAGCCAGAUUGGGGAGCGGACGUGGAAUUACGCACAGUUUGACAAGGGAGUGCUGGACGCCUGCCUCUUCAUGCUGGACCGGCGGGGGAUGCCUCACGCCAGCCGCGGAGACCCCAUCAUGGUCUCCCGCGUUGUUUCUGCCAUGGUGAACUCUAUAGAUGACAACGGGGUGCUGGUGGGGAACUGGACAGGCGAUUAUUCCCGUGGCACCAACCCCUCAGCAUGGGUGGGCAGCCGAGAUAUCCUCCUUCAGUAUCACAGAACGGGCUACCCAGUCCAAUAUGGGCAGUGCUGGGUCUUUGCUGGAGUGGUCACCACAGUGCUCCGCUGCCUGGGCAUCGCCACGCGGACCGUCACCAACUACAACUCGGCCCACGACACGGACGUCAGCCUCACCAUGGACAUCUACUUCGACGAGAACAUGAAGCCCCUGGAGCACCUCAACAAGGAUUCCGUCUGGAACUUCCACGUAUGGAACGACUGCUGGAUGACGCGGCCAGACCUGCCUUCAGGCUACGAUGGGUGGCAGGUGGUAGACGCCACCCCGCAGGAAUCCAGCAGUGGCAUCUUUUGCUGUGGACCCUGUUCUGUCGAGGCCAUCAAGAACGGGCUGGUCUAUAUGAAGUACGACGCCUCCUUCUGCUUUGCUGAGGUGAACAGUGACAAAGUGUACUGGCAGCGCCAGUCCGACGGAAGCUUCAAGAUCGUCUAUGUAGAGGAAAAGGCCAUUGGCCACUUGAUCAGCACCAAGGCGGUGGGCUCCCACAAGCGAGACGACAUCACCGACAUCUACAAACAUCCUGAGGGAUCGGAAGCCGAGCGCAAGGCCGUGGAGACCGCGGCCAAACACGGCACCAAAGCCCACAUCUACACCAACAAAGACUGGGGAGAGGAUAUUUCGGUUACCGUAGAUACGGAAGAUGCCUACACGGGCCAAGACAUCUCCCUGCGGAUCAACCUGAAGAACCGGAGCAACGUGCCCCGCAACGUCUCCCUCAACCUCUUCGUGGCGGUCAUGUACUACACAGGCGUGACGGGCAGCAACUUCAAGCAGGAGCAGCGGCAAGUUCAGGUUCCGGCAGGCGGAGCCCAAGCCGUCCCCAUGGUGAUCUCCUAUGCCGAGUACAAGCCCCACCUGGUGGACCAGGGCGCCAUGAAGCUUAGUGUCUCUGGGAAGGUGGCCGAGACCAGCCAGGUGAUCGCCAAAGAGCACACCUUCCGCUUGCGCACCCCGGACCUCACACUCACGAUGCUGGGUCCAGCCAUCGUUGGGCAGGAGACCCAGGUCCAGGUGGUCUUCAAGAACCCGCUUCCUGUGACCCUGACGGGUGCCGUCUUCCACAUGGAGGGAUCGGGGCUCUCUACCCCCAGCACGAUGACAGUGGGGAACAUCGGCCCCCACCAGACUGUGAGGCUCCGCCAGCCCUUCACUCCGCUGCGCGCUGGCCGUCGCCAGCUUGUGGCCAGCUUGGACAGCCCCCAGCUCUCUCAGGUCCACGGGGUGCUGACCAUCGAGGUGACCCCCGGACCCCAGCCGGGCCCAUCUGCUUCCCCAGCUCCUUCUCGGGGCUCCCCGGCUCCCGCCCGAGCUUCCCCAGCUCCGACUCGAGCUUCCCCAGCUCCGACUCGGGCUUCCCCGGCUCCUGCCAGAGCAUCUCCUGCCCCCAACCGGGCCUCUCCCGCAAGGCAGCCUGCCAACCGCAGCAACCCAGCAAAUGCUUCUCCGGCCCGCCAUCCGGACCCCCGGGGCUCUCCUGCCAGGGGCUCCCCAUCGCGCCAGCCAGAUCCCCGGGAAUCCCCCAAUGUUCGUGGGGCACCCAGGACUGGGCGGACUGGGCGGCCUGUCUGAGCCAGACCUUAGUGGUCAUGUACUGUAUAUACGUAUCUACAUGAUGCCAGCAGAAUGGGGAGGGGAGGGGGAAAGGGGGUGGCUUGGCUGGGCCACGGAACCACAGCAGAGAAGUGGGAUGUGGAGAUGGGGGCGCUGAUGGACCUGCCCCAUCGCAUGUAACCUCUCGGCCUGCCAUCCGUCCACAGGAACCGUCCUGCCAUCUCUCCAUCCCUCUCUCGCUAUUUCCCGGGCACUCACAGAUUCCUCAUCCCUCUUUCUUUGUGUAUAUAGCUCCGCUCCUGAAUCCCCACCCAGCUUUCAUCUUGGCCGUCCAUUCCAGCAAGUCCAUCCCUUCCUCCCCAUCCAUCCAUCCCCAUUAGCCCUGUUUAGACAUUACGCUGUUUGUGCAUAUAGGAGUCUGUACAGACAUCUGUGUGUUUGUGUGAAUGACUGUCCAUGCAUGAACCCGGGAGCAGGAUCCUGCGAUGCAGGGUACAGAUAGGAAGUGGCCUACGGUGCAUGUGUUGAACAUUCACAUGAAUGACUGUACAUGCGCACACUGUACACAGAUUGUAUGUGCAUUGAUCAUAAUUUGUGACUAGGGCUGUAGAAUCUGCCUUCCACAUAUCCACAUACUUCCGCAACUCCUCCGUUUCCGUCCCUCUCCAUCGCUCCCUCCAUAGUUCAAAGGGGCCCAUCUGUAUUCCCUAUAGCAGGCCUUGGCACAUUUUCCUUAGAUCUAAGAGCCCGCCCAAAUAUUUAGGAGCCAGACAAUAGGCGAUCGACAAAAUAACCAGAAUUAAUGAUGACAUUGUGGAGGGGAGCAGGUAAAUGGGCUUCUUUCCCCCCUUUACAAGUAUCCUCCUUAGAACAGAAAACAGGGCUAACUGGGACAAAGAAACAUUUUAUUAAAUGAAACAUUUUAUUAAAUGAUCCUACCUCUAAAUAUCCAUGUAUGUUAUAUCUGAAUAUCCUAGUCUAGGUGCCACGGCUGAAUUUCUAGGUGCCAUGGCUCCCUGGCACCUGGGAUUUGUCAAGCCCUGACUUACAAAGCUAUUCAUUGCCACCCACCAAAGGCCAGGGUCCUCUGAAAAUUUUGUAUUGAUGGUCCUCCUUUUGUUCACUGUGACAUCCCUCCCCUUUGAAUCACACACACUCCCUUUGAAUCAUUCCCUUUUGAAUCAAGGGAUUCAAACACACCCACCCUUUUGAAUCAUUCACACACUGAAUUGCACUGAAUCACACACACUCCCAUCUUUAUCUCACACACUGAAUCGCACACACUCCCAUCUUUAUCACACACACACUGAAUCGCACACACUCCCAUCCUUGGGAGGCGGCAAGCAACGGGGGAAUUUUAGCUUUACUUUUUAGUUGACUCCCUACUGUAUCCAUUGGAAUUACCUUGCUUUAUGGAAAGGAGAAUUAACAUGUACCUCCCUCCUUCCCUCCUCAGCCCCCAUCUGAGGAGGCUAAUUUGUACAGACUGUGGGGAAUCUUUUUUCAGGAACUGCCCUGAAAAAUGUAUCCAAUGGAACUAAACUCCCUAAGGAAGCAUGACCCAUUGUAAUAUGUAUUGCUAGGCCAUUAUUGAUCUGCCAAUGUUCAUAGAUUUAAAUGUAUGCAUAUAUAAAAUGACCACUGCCUUCCCUGACUGCCUGAAGCCGAGAAGUUAUGUAUGGGAAGAUAAAACAGACUGUGCUACAUUUAAACGAGAUGAAAAUGAACCAUGCCAAAAAUGCUGUGAUUGUUUUUUUCACACUAAUAUAGAUAUUUAUUUGAAAAUAAAAGGUUUUUAACUCAAA